AUGAUACCUUUCCCUCACUGGGGUUCUGAAUUCUUGCACAGGUUUUGUGGUGUAAGGAAUUCUUUUGUCAAGCGAACUACCACAGGAAAGCAUGUGAGCUCAAUGCCCCCAAAGCCUACAAAUAGUGUUGUAGCACCUGCAGUGCCAAAACCUAGUAGUGCUCCAAAAGGGCAAUCUUCUAUGGUUCGACAGCAAGAUCUACCUGAACCAUCCGAUCAAGUGAAAGAAACAGGCAUUAAAGCUGAGAAGGACAAUGCCCCGGUCUUGGAUAAAACUGUUAAUGCUCCGUCUGUCAAAGAGCCAUCAGUUGGUGUGCAUGCAAAUAAAACCAAAGCUCAGAACGGGAAGUCCCUACCCAGUAAUGGUGCAUCCCUGUCUACAAUGUGGGGCCGUGCAUCUGCAAAACCCAAGGCUCCAGCUGUCACUAAAGCUAAAGAUCUACCAAGUGUAGCUGUUACAGCUGAUGCACAGAUAUGUGCAAAAGAAGAAGCAGAUGCUGAUAGUAGCGAUGAUGAAAAAAGUGCACACUACAAGCGGGCCUCUAAUGGUGGAAGUAACAGAAAGAGAAGAGCGAUCUUUGAUUGUUCAGAUGAUGAUGAUGACGACGAUUUUGUAGCCAUUGCAUCUCCAGAGCCACCAAAACAGCAUGCCAGAAAUCCUGUCACUGAAGCUGCACAAGACAAUAUAUCAGAACAGAAGAAAGUGGAAAGCAAACAGGAUACAGUCAGCGACGUGAAAAGCUUCAAAAAAGGGACCGAUUCUGAGUUUACCUCUGAAUGUAAAACUGGAAGUGACAAUGGCAACGGUUCUGGGAUCACCUUAAAAGAAAAGGCCAAUGAUCCACCAAUUGAUGGAAAUAAGAAGGAUCAUGCUGCUGAGACAGCUUCCACCUCGCCUAAAAGAAGGAAGGUCUUAAAGACACGUAUAGAUGAGCGGGGGAGAGAAGUAACUGAGGUUGUCUGGGAAGGCGAAGCUCCUGCAAGUGAUAAGGCAGAGAAAAAUGUUACCACUACUGAUGCCACUAACAGGCCAACUCUUCCAAGCAAGCCACAGCCAGCAGCAAACACUGACAAGAACAAUGCUCCAAGCAAAACAGCAGGCAGCAAGAAACCUGCCAAGGCUGCUGCCCCCAAGCAAGGAAAGAACAUAAUGUCAUUCUUCAAGAAGGUAUAAUAGCCCGUGUCCUUUCAUCUGGUGAUUGAGCAAGCCGUCUCUUUCCAAGCACCCGUUGCAGCUGAACUGGCUCUACCUGAACAUCACCUCGGACAAGGGCUCGCUCACCAAGCAGGCUGUACGUUGUAGCUUUUCUUUUAAGUAAGCUGUAGCAUUUUGUGUUUGUAGUAGUCAGUAUUGGUUUGUUCUUCCCGGUUCAGAAUUCAAGACGAGCUAAAAUCACGCUCUGCGGUCGGUAGGAAUCUUGCUGAUUUUACUGAAUGGGCAUCCUGUUUCAGAAUUCAGAGUGUUCUCUAGCUGUA